AUGACUGAAACUAUGUCUUUGACCGGGAACUGUAGGACUCAGCCCGCGACCAAAGAGCCAUCGUGCGCCCUGAACUGCUUUCCAGACGUUCUCGAGCUCAACGUGGGGGGUCAGGUGUACUACACGCGCCACGCCACGCUCGUGAGCCAGCCCGGGUCCCUACUGGGCAAAAUAUUCUCGCCAAAAAGCAGCGCGGUGCCCGAUCUCGCGCGAGACCCCAAGGGUCGGUAUUUCAUCGACCGUGACGGCUUCCUGUUCCGCUACGUGCUGGACUUCCUGCGGGACAGACAGGUGGUGCUACCUGAGCAUUUCCCUGAAAAAGCUCGCCUGAGGAAAGAGGCGGAGUACUUCCAGCUGCCGGACCUGGUGAAGUUGUUAACGCCCGAGGAGGUGAAGCCCAGUCCGGACGAUUGCGCUCACAGCGACUACGAGGAUGGUUCGCUGGGAAGCGACCAGCGCGCGUGCCCGCCGCCGUCCCUCGUGCCCGCCGAUCGGAAGAGCGGCUUCCUCACGGUGGGCUACCGCGGCUCGUGCACGGCGGGCCGCGAGAGCCAAGGCCAAGCGGACACCAAGUUCAGGCGCGUGCCCCGGAUCAUGGUGUGCGGCCGCAUUGCGCUGGCCAAAGAGGUGUUCGGUGAGACGCUGAACGAGAGCCGCGACCCGGACCGAACUCCCGAGCGCUACACGUCGCGCUUCUACCUCAAGUUCAAGCAGCUCGAGCGCGCCUUCGACGUGCUCUCCGAGUGCGGCUUCCACAUGGUGGCGUGCAACUCGUCCCUCACCGCCUCCGUGCUCAGCCAGCACGCCGACGACAAGAUGUGGUCCAGCUACACCGAAUACGUUUUUUACCGUGGAUCGUCACGCUGGUCCUCGCCGCCUUGUGACUGCUGCUGCAAGGGCCACAAAGGUGAAGGCGAGGGUGAGAGCGGCACGUCCUUCAACGAGCUCUCCACCUCCAGCUCCGAGAGCCAAUCAGAAGCCAGUUCCCCCCAGGGUACGGUCAUUCGUGGGCCGGUCAGCCGACAAGCACACGUCCAAACACUCGACCGGCCGUCCAAGAAAGAAAGGCCAGGAGGUCAGCUACUGCAGCAGCAGCAAUCUGAGCAGCGGCGUAAGAGCGAUCUCCUUCGCACUCUUACUUCAAGCUCACGGGACACGAGUGGCAGCAAGAAACGUCCGGCCAAAGAGAAAAUGAGCGUGGAAGAGGAGCUGGAGAAGUGCAUCCAGGACUUCCGCAAGAUUAAGAUCCCGGAGCAGUUCCCGGAGCGCAAGUACAUGUGGCAGGCUGACCUUCUGCGCAAGUACCGGCUUUGAGGGACCAGGAACGUUAGAAAUUUGGACCACUUUGGAAAGAGGAGUACAAAGCUGUGAGUUGUGCUGACGCACAAAUUCUUCACUACUGCCUCAGACCUGCGUGUCUUCUCUGUGACGGCCGAUUCCACUCCGGAUUGCUCAGCGCUCACGUUUCCGUAGCACAGAUGGGUUCCGUUAGAAAAGCACAAUUUUUGGAUUUGAUUCGAUUUUUUUUUGGUCCGUCAGCUUGUACAGAUGAGCACAAACGUGUCUGUUUUUGACCUUACAACGUUGGUGGUUGCGUUCAGGUGGUCCAGAGGUCGGACACUGAAUGUGCAACCCGAAUCAUAAAUAAUUCAUACCGUCUCUAUUGUGUCCUUGCUAAAAAUAGCCAACGUAUUGUUGAGCAUGAGAGCCAGGUUUUAUUUCAGCACUUUGAGAAGCACACAGGAAUAAAUGUUUCCUUCUAUCGGUUUUUCCAAACCGUAGUUGGCGUCCAAUCCGUUACCCUUAUAACGCCUCCGCAUCGAUUUAGUCAUGGCAUAUAAGGGGUUGCACACAGUCAGGGUGGAAACUCUACACCAGGUUCUUCUAAAAUGAAUUGAAACCGCAGCCUGAACUCCAUUGAUCCAAACCUGAGAUUUUAAAACAGAAAGUGUGAUGGUUUUCACCGUAGAAGCACAAAAGCAUGUUUAAGUUCAGAAACACACACAUAGUUACAUUGAUGACAAAACACAGACUGCAUCUGUACCUGAUGGUGUGAUUAAUAAACAUUAGAUGUUAUUAAACAUCGAGGAGCGACUAUAGGCAACAGAUCCUAUUGAUUCAAUAUAUAUACAAGUAAGAUCAAUAAUCGCAAAAAUUAAAUAUAAUAUAUGAGCAAACAUAUGACUGUUAUAUAUAAAUAUGAAUUGAAACCUAAUUUUAUUUAUUCAGUGAUUUAUUUUUAAAUAUAUAAAAAGAGCUUAAUUAAAUAUUUAAGUGAAAAUGUGAUUACAUCUUAUGCAAAUAUGAGUGUAGAAUUUCUAUUUAUUAUUAGGAAUAGCAUCAUAACAGAAAUCUUCAUUCAUUUAUUUGGCCAAAUCGGUUACUGAUGAUUCUUACAGUGAGAGAGCGUUAUGACACAGUCAUACUUUAUUUGGUUAUGUAAAUCAUUUUAAACUCAACUCCACGAAGUUUAACUGGAAUAUUGAUCUGAUAUUCAGUGUUUAUUGAUACGAGAUGAUGCGUAACAGCUCGGAUACUUCUUUCAAGAGCAAUAAGUUUCCUCAGACACUAACGUUUAAUAGAGAACAGUAUAAAUAAUAAUAAUAAAUUAUGCUCUACAUUUUAGUCAUACCCUUUACGUUAUACAAUAGGUGGAACCAACAAACCAGGUGAAA